UUUAAAUCCCCGCAGUGCAUCAUGGGUAAUACAUCGUUUGUGUUUUGAGAGACGAAGGCACAGAUGGUCGCCCUCUCCCCGUGGAUGUAUGAGCUUCAACACACCAUGUAUGUAGCAUAAGUUGAAUCCGCGUGUGACUGCGGCGCCGAUAUCCUAUAAUAGUGUUGAUAAGAACCGCUGCGAACCCGGGGAUUCCCUUCAUCUAUUGACUCGAGCGAACGUGCAGCCCAAACAAGCUACAUUGCUAAGUUAGCUUCCAUUACGGAAAUAAGUGGACCCAAACUACAGCGGUUGGCGCGCCGGUUAAUAAACCGCCAUGAUCGGGUGAAAUAGAGGUUUCUGUAAAGUUGCAAUGCACAACAUUAGCGGUUAUAGUCUCUACUUGCUGCGUUACGUUCGAAUUAAAGGCUGCCCCUUUGUUUCCAAUCGCAACGCUCGAUUGAUUGGCUGGCUCUAAAGAUUGGUAGUAGGGGGUGUGCGGGGGAAAAUGGACGAAAGCGCCGAAAACGUUGACAGCGACGACAUUGUCAUCAUCGUGGAGAACGAGGCGGAGAGUCUGCCCGCCGAGGAGGAGCGGUCGAAGCAGCCGGGCGCCUUCGGGCUCAUGGACACCUGUCCCGUCUGCAAGCUGAGCUUCCACAACAGGGAGCCCAAGCUGCUGCCGUGCCUCCACUCCCUCUGCAAGAGGUGUCUGCCGGCGCCCUUCCGGAGCGCCGACCCGCGGCGGGACGCGCACGGCCAGGUCGACAACAGCAAACCACUGGGUGCCAUUCGAUGUCCAGUGUGCAGACAGGAAUUCUGGGAGAUGGACGUGCUGGACAACUUCUUUGUCAAGGACUCUGCGGAGGUGCCGAGCAGCACCGUGGAGAAAACCAGCCAGGUGUGCAUGAGCUGUGACGACAACACGGAGGCAACAGGUUACUGUGUGGAGUGCGUCGAGUUUCUGUGCUUGACGUGCGUCGAGGCGCACCAACGGGUGAAGUUCACCAGGGAUCACACCAUACGCCAGAAGGAAGAGAUGUCUCCAGAGGCGGUCGGGUUUUCCGCGCAGAAGCCAGUGUUUUGUGAUGUCCACAAGCAGGAGCCACUGAAGCUCUUCUGUGAGACGUGUGACCGACUCACCUGUCGUGACUGUCAGCUGCUGAAGCACAAAGAUCACAACUACCAGUUUUUGGAGGAUGCGUACAGGAACCACAGGCAGUACCUGGAGAACAUGACGCAGCAGUUGCAAGACAAGAGAAAGGCCAUCCAGGACGUUUCCAGCUGUAUCAGCUCUGGGCUUCAACAAGUCGAAGAAAACCGCAAAGCUGUAACGAAUGAAAUAAAGAAGUCCAUCUGUAAUUUGAUCAUGGAGAUCAACAGGAAGGGGAAGAUUCUGGUCAACCAGCUUGAGGGUCUAACUAAGGAACACGAGGUGGGUUUGAAAAAGCAGCAGGACGACGUCAACUCGCUGAGCAGGCACCUUGACCAUGUCAUUAGCUUCACGAAAUGGGCCACAGCCAGCCACAGUGGAACAGCCCUCCUGUAUUGCAAGAGACUGAUCCUUUACCAGAUCCACUACCUGAUGAGAGCAAGCUGUAAUCCCUCCAUCGUCCCCCAGAGUACUGUUCGCUUUCAGUGUCGCUCUGGAUUCUGGGCCACCAAUGUGGACCUCGGUUCUCUUGUGGUAGAAAGGGGCCCGGGACGGCCGCCCGUCCCCAACCAAACAGCUCCCAGAGCGGAGGCACCCGCCGGAGCUCUGUCCCUCUCAGCUCAGCAGCGACAGAGCACGCUGGCCCAGCUCCAAAUGCAGGUAGUUGACAAGCUUUCCCAACAGUCCCACAGACAGCCCCAUCCCAACUACUGGUCCUGGAACCAGAGCGUUAGGCUCCCGGGACCCCCUGGCCCUCCACCACCGACCAGGCCCAUCUACGGCGGGUCCUCCCCCUCCCAGGGACCCCCCAGCGUGGCGCAACCGGCACGCAGGUACGGGAGCUCCCACCCUAACGCAAGGAGCCCCACCUCCUCCAUGCUUCACAACACAGGCUUCCCAUCUGCUCAGUCCCUGAGAGAACUGAUCCAUAGCUCCAGCUUCCCUCCUAAACCCAUGGAUGUGUUGCAGGGCACUUCUCGCUACUCGCAGCCUCUGCCCACCGGAGCAGCUACACAGACGUCGCUACAUCAGAGGGGUGUGCCAGAGUCCUCCUUCAUGAAGAGGAGUGAGCCCACCGUGUCUGUCCCCUCCAUCACCAUCUCCAUCCCCAAAUCCAGCUACGGUUCAAGUCUGCCCACAGGACCUGCGGACAAGACGAUCACACUCAACCACAUAGCAGUUCAAGCAAGGCAGAAUUCCCCGAUGGCCAAACCGUCUUCUUCAGACAGAGGCACAGGGACGUCUUCCUGGAAGCAGACUUCUGAGCCACCGCCUGCCCCCCCAGCCAAGCGCCGGAGAAGGUUUUCCCCAGGGCCCGUUAUCGUCAUCAAAGACGAACCGGAGGACGAGGAUGAAGUUCGUUUUGUGCAGUCCAGUGUAGGGUCCAGCCUGCCUGACAGCAGCACGGGGGCUCAGUCAAAGCCCCGACAGCAGCAGAAGGCAUCCGUCUCGGACCUGGCCCCUGGAUCCGGGUUCGCCGCCGGCAGCGAGCCGCGUCCUCAGCCCGCAGCGCAGGCGGAGUCUGAAAAGAGGGCGGAGCCCGAGGAAGAUCCCAACGAGGACUGGUGCGCCGUGUGUCAGAAUGGAGGGGAGCUGCUCUGUUGCGACAAGUGUCCCAAAGUUUUCCACCUGUCCUGCCACAUUCCCACGCUGCACGAGUCUCCCAGCGGCGAGUGGUUCUGCUCGUUCUGCCGAGACCUCGUCUCACCUGAGAUGGUGUACAACUGUGACAGCAAGGAUGACGUCGUGUCAUACAGAAUCCCACCGGUUGACAGACGGAGGUGCGAGAGGUUGCUCCUGCGUCUGUUCUGCAACGACUUCAGCACCGACUUCCAGCAGGCGGCCUCUCCGUCGGAGACGAGAAGGUACAAGGAGCUGAUCCAGUUUCCGAUGGAUUUGUCCAUAGUGAAGAGGAAACUGGAGUCGAAGUCGAAGGAGGGCGAAAGUUACAGUUGUCCAGAGGGAUUCGUCGCAGACGUCAGGCUAAUAUUUUUCAACUGUGCAAAAUACUACAAGGUGACCUCAGAGGUGGGGAGUGCAGGCCUGUACUUGGAGGACUACUUUGAGGAACAGCUGAAGCUGGUCUACCCAGACAUGAUAUUCGCCGGCGGAAGGGAAGAACAGAUGAUCCCUCCUCUGGAGGACGAGAUAGAUGAAGAAGAAGAGGAGGAGACGAUGGAGGAAGGCAUGGCGCCCGUGGAAGAUGAUAAACCACAAAGUCGGGCAGGAGAAGGAAUCCCCCCCAUAGAAGAGGAUUUGGCUCCUCUGGAAGAAGCGGCAGCCCCGGUUGAGGGGGAAAGGUCAGAAACGGAGGAGAAGGCGACCGACACGAGUGAAAAGGAGAAGGAGGAGACGGAGGAGAAGGAGGAGAAGGAGGCGGCCGCCGUGGACGGCACUCCGCUCGCAGACGAGGUCAAGAAGGAUGAGGAGGCUCCUGCGGAGGAGGUGAAAAGCUCUUUGACUGCUGCUGCUGCUGCUGCUGCUGCUGCUGCUGCUGCUGCUGCUGCCGCCGAUAGUGAAACAAAAGACAAAGUGGCUCCCGGCUCCCCGAAAGAGGAGAGCCCUCAGCUCCCUACAGACGAGACUGUGGAGUCACCCGACACCCAGGAGGAGGAGGAGGAGGAGGCGGCGGCCCCCGCAGACACGGCCACAGAGGAGGCGGGAUAGAUGGACCGCAUCAGGGAAGAGACUGCACAAAAGAUGAUUUCAGUCUUCCGCAGAAUCGGCCCCAGUGGGGACCUCCAAUUUGCUGCAAUCAGAACAUUUUUUGUACUAUGUUAUAUUUACAAUUUGGGAGGGGAA